ACCUCUGGCUGUGCAGCGGCUCCGUGUCUACUCUCGCUAACUACCUGGCUGGGCCCCUUGGACACCAACUCGACCGGAACAGCCGCCUCGCGGCGCCCUAUCUGAUGGACAACACCGAGAACUUCUACGGCCGUCCCGUCGCCGGCAUGCCGUCGGCAGCCUCCACCGCAGCGCCCACCCCGCUCCGGCCCGGCACACCAAGCGAGAUGGCCGGGCGCAGCCCGUUCGGCGACGGCGUCGAGUCGCAGGCAUCGCAUCGGUCGUCGGGGCUCAAUGGCAACCCGUUUGCCAGCCCCUCGGCCUCGCGACCCCCCAGCAGCUUCGACUCGUCAUCCGCGUUGGGCCGCUUCGACGGCGGGCAGCGCUACUUCCACUCGCGCCGGGUACGCAAGGGUGAGGUCGAGAAGCCGUGGACGAAGCAGGCCGAUCCCAAGGAGAAAUGGGUUACCAUCCUGCCCAUCCUUGGCAUCGUUCUCGGGCUCGCCAUCUCGGGCUUCCUGGUCUGGGACGGCAUCCGCAGUGUCGUCAAGCACAAAUACUGCCUGGUCUUGGAGGACACUUUCACCAAUGGGCUGAACGACAAGGUGUGGAUGAAGGAGGUGCAGGUGAACGGGUUUGGCAACGGCGAGUUCGAGCAAACAACGCCGGGCGACACCAACGUCUUUGUCGAGAACGGCCACCUCGUCAUCAAGGCGACGCCGCAGGACGACGCGCUGAUGCAGAAGAACAACGAGAUCAACCUGCUCAAAGACGGCACCUGCACGUCGGACAACCCGCUCUACUGCAUCGCAGCGACCAACAUCACGGCCGGCAACUCGUCCAUCGUGCCGCCGGUGCUGUCGGGCCGCAUCAACACGCGGCGCGGCGCCACCAUCAAGUACGGCCGCGUCGAGGUCACGGCCAAGCUCCCCGUGGGCGACUGGCUGUGGCCGGCCAUCUGGAUGAUGCCGGUGGACUCGGCCUACGGGCCCUGGCCGCAGUCGGGCGAGAUCGACAUCGUCGAGAGCCGCGGCAACAACUAUACGCACCCGCAGGGCGGCAACAACAUCAUCUCGUCGGCCCUGCACUGGGGGCCCAACCCGGCCAACGACGGCUGGUGGCGCACCAACAACAAGCGCCAGGCGCUGCACACCACCUACGCCUCGGGCUUCAACACUUUCGGGCUCGAGUGGUCCCAGAAAUACCUGUUCACCUAUGUCAACUCACGCCUGCUGCAGGUGCUCUACGUCAACUUCGACACCCCCAUGUGGUCGCGCGGCAACUUCCCCGUGCAGGACGCCAACGGCACGCGCAUUUUCGACAUCUGGGGCCAGACCGGCCGCGCCCAGACGCCCUUCGACAAGCCGUUCUAUCUCAUCCUCAACCUGGCCGUGGGCGGCACCAAUGGCUGGUUCGAGGACAAUGUCAACGGCAAGCCCUGGCUCGACGCCAGUCCCAACGCACGGAAGGACUUUUGGGCGGCCAAGAGCCAGUGGCUGCCAACUUGGACGCAGCCGCAGUUGGAAGUCAGCAAGGUCGCGAUGUGGCAGCAGUGUGAUGGCGACGAGGAUCUUUAGGUAGCAUAUUUCCCUCUCUGGCUAGGUGGUUCUAAUCUCUUUCCCAUUCCCUCUUUCUCCUGCAAUCUUCCAGCCUUUUCUUGCCUGCGACGAUGUUGAAGGAGGGGAUAUACAUAGAUUGGUUCUGGGUAAGGUAAUGUCUAUGGUAGCUUAAAGGUUGUCUUUUACUUCCAGGUUGUCAAUUCAGAGGUACCUUAGACUUUU